AUGCUUCACGCGAGCCACCUAGUCAUCCUGCCGUUUGUGGUCGUUCUCUACGUUCCGGUUGUUUGGGCAUGGAUCCAGAGCUUGCAGAUUAUGGACGUUAUUCACGGUCUACCAGAGGGCCAGCCAGGAUAUAUGCGCAAUUUCACUCCGGGCACAAGCGGGACCAACCCCAUCCUCGACGAUAGGCCACAGGCCCUGGUUUGCGGAGACAAUCAACGCGUGCCGCUCCAGCAGCGCCAAUGGCCUCGACUUGAGGCACUGCCGGGCUCGUUGAUAUGUCCGCGCUAUGCGCCAGACACGUGGCACAAUCGUUCCGCUGUGGGGGAGAUUCACUGGUACGGCGCAAACCUCCGCGAAGUGCCUGAUCAAACCACACUGGCCGAGCUUCGAAGGUCCCCCCUGCAGGCGGGCGAUAAAAGCAGGGUGGGAGAUCACCACAGCUCUGCUGUGGAUGCCCAGACAGCAGACCUGGCAGAAUAUGCGUUCCCGUCUGACGCCGGUUCGGAAUGUCAGCACGCGUUCCAGGUCCCAGCCCAGGCCACUGAUCUUUUCACGGUGUAUUGGAUGUGGAAUACGACCCAAAGACAUCGUGACGGCUUUUUGCUCCCAACAUCGAAGUUCUAUUCCACCAGCCAUCCAAGACCAGGCCAGACGAGCGCCACGCCACAUACUGUACAUAAGACGAUCGAGAAUCCCAGUGCGAGCAUGAAUCAGGGCGGUCUGGGACCGUCUUCCUCGGCUGCUGACUGGACCGGCAGGGUCAAUUCAGCAACUUGCUCUGCGAGCCCUGGGUUGUUCUGCUCGCCCGCUAGUCCGACUCUGCCUAGUGCCACCGCCGCAGGGACAGGUUCCCUGUCAACAAGACCAGCGGAUACACCUACGAUGUCCAGCGCCCUAGCAAUGAUAGCAUCAGCAACACGGCUUCCAAACCCGGUUGGCUCUGACUCGUGGCUCCGUGUACAUACCACAUCGACGUCUCCUUCGCGUUCUCGGAGCCCACAGGACCUUACUGUUUUGGACACACUGGCUACUGUAACAGAGAGCGAUGCUCCCUCGACGGCCGCCCCUGAUACGGAGACAGUGGAAAAAUCUUCGACAUCCACGACGCUCCUUACAGCAUCCACGAGCUCCAGAGACGACAUAGGCUCUGCGUCUGAUACAGACCCUUCUCAAGUCCGUGCCACUGCCACCAACAACGUUGGUUGGGGCAGCAUUGUCGAAUCCAGCUACAAGACCAUUGGUUAUUGUUCUUUUACGGAGCGCUGUGGGCAUCCGGAUAUUUCCUCAUCUUCUCUCCAAUCGGCCUGUGAGGCCCUUGUCAAGGAUGGGUGCGCUAACCCCUCUGUCGAGAGUAACGACUUCUUCGGGUCGUUUGAGUUCACCGCCAAGAACCAAUUGGCCUCCUGCACGGACUCGGCACCUUUGACCAUCAAGGGUUGCCAGGAUGGUUUCAGAGAUGCGGCAAGCUAUGUUGACAGCCAACUAGCACGGAGCGGUGACCUUGCUUGCGCAGGCUUCGUCAACAUAGUAAAUGCCGCAGGCGAUGAAGCAGGGGCCGUUAUAGUGAGCGGCAAAUGCAUGCCUGAUUUUCCCGCAUAA